UCUCCUCCCCGCGCUCCCCACGCCCCUUCCUCCCGCGGGGCGCAGCGGGUGCGCAGCCGCCGGCCGUCACCGGAAGCCCGGCCGCGUCCUCCGCGCUGGGACCCGGCCGCCCGCGCCCGCCACCGGCACCUGGUCUCCAGAACCAUGUGGUACAUCAGUACACGGGGCACAGCUCCCAGAGUCGACUUUGAGGAGGCCCUGUGCUCUGGCUAUGCACCUGAUGGCGGCCUCUACAUGCCCGAGGAGCUGCCCCAGCUGGACAGGGAAACCCUGCAGCACUGGAGCUCACUGUCCUACCCCAGCCUGGUGAAGGAGCUCUGCAGCCUCUUCAUCGGGCCUGAGCUCAUUCCGAGACAGGACUUAAAUGGUCUGAUCGAUCGAGCCUUCUGCAGAUUUCGCUCCAGAGAUGUGGUCCAUCUGCGUAGGCUGAAGAGUGGGCUGAACGUGUUGGAACUGUGGUAUGGGGUCACAUAUGCCUUUAAGGACUUGUCCCUGUCCUGCGCGGCUCAGUUCCUGCAGUACUUCCUGGAGAAGAGGAGCAAACAUGUCACCAUAGUCGUGGGAACUUCUGGGGACACAGGAAGUGCUGCCAUUGAGAGUGUCCAGGGUGCAAAGAAUGUGGACAUCAUUGUUCUGCUGCCCAAAGGUUACUGCUCGAGGAUUCAGGAGCUGCAGAUGACAACGGUGCUAAAGGACAAUGUCCAUGUGUUUGGAGUGGAGGGAAACAGUGAUGAGCUGGACGAGCCCAUCAAGGCCAUGUUCGAGGAUGUGGCUUUCGUCAAGAAGCACAACCUGAUGAGCCUCAAUUCAAUCAACUGGUCUCGGGUCCUCGUGCAAAUGGCCCACCACUUCUUCGCUUACUUCCAGUGCUCACCUUCGCUGGACACGCACCCACUGUCCCCCGUGGAAGUGGUUGUGCCUUCAGGAGCUGGUGGCAACCUUGCAGCUGGGUGCCUGGCUCAGAAGAUGGGGCUGCCCAUCCGCCUGGUGGCGGCGGUGAACCACAACGACAUCAUCCACAGGACAGUCCAGAGGGGAGACUUCUCUCUGUCCGCGGCUGUCAAACCAACCUUGGCGUCCGCCAUGGACAUUCAGGUGCCUUACAACAUGGAGAGGGUCUUCUGGCUGGUCUCCGGCACCAACAGCCGGGUGACCAAGGCCCUCAUGGAGCAGUUUGAAAGGACCCAUAGUGUGCAACUAUCCGAGGACCUGCAUGGCAAGCUUUCAGAGGUGGUGACUUCUGUGUCAGUGUCGGAUGAAGCCAUCACCCAGGCCAUGGGCCGCUGCUGGGAUGAGAACCAGUACUUGCUGUGUCCUCAUUCGGCGGUGGCCGUGAGCUACCAUUACCAGCAGAUGAACAGGCAGCAGUCCAGUGUUCCCCGGUGCUGCCUGGCCCCUGCCUCUGCGGCCAAGUUCCCGGAAGUGGUCCUGGCUGCCGGGCUGACCCCAGAGACACCGGAAGAGAUCCUAGCCCUGGAGCGCAAGGAGACCCGGUGCACUCCGAUGCGGAGGGGAGAUGACUGGGCGAUGAUGCUGCGGAACACAAUCGAGGACCUCAGCCGGAGCUGGAGGGCCGGAUCCUUGAGUGUCUCGGAAUAACCCUGGUGGAGCCUGCCUCACUUUGAGGGGAGGUAGCCAUUGUAGCUCACGGUCCUCAGCACGUAACUGGUGUCCUUACAGGAAGAGGAAACCAGGACCCAGAUGUCAGCGCACACAGAGUGGUAUGGAAAGGUGCCACCUGCACUUUGAAGAGAAGCCUUAGCUCCUGGCACCUGGAUCUCAGCUGUGCAUCCUCCAGCACCGGAAGGAAAUAAAUUUCUGUGUGCUAAACCCACACAGGAAGUGGUUUGCCCUUGUGUCAGCCCGAGCCAGCACACACACGCACACAGACACGCACACACAGAUCCAGGUAUCCACAGAUGCACCAGGUACCCAUCUUCUGCGAGCCAUCCACUUCCUGUGCUAUGGUCACAAAUCAGCUGUUUCAUGGCUGUGCACCUCAGUUUUCCUCUUCUGCUUAUUGGAACCCUUACCCGCCUUGCAGGUUUACUCUGAGGAUUACCUGACAUAAUGUAUUGCUAAGUGCUAGGUAAACUCUCAAAUGCCGUACAAAUGGUUCUUCCUAUUAACACAAUUAUAGUCUGUGCGGAACAAUUUA